AUCAAGUUGUGCGGCCGAGGCGAAAUUGUGUGUCAGGUGAACGUAUAUUGUAUGACAUUGAAACGAAGAAUGGACGGAGCGAAAAUGUAAUUUUCCUCAACGUCCGUGCACAGUAAUAGCAAUUUUCUCACAUCAAAAUUAUAUGCAAAGAAAUUGCGUGAAAUUGAGCGCAUUGUGGGAUCCGAACAACUGGAACAAUUUUAUUGUGUAUUAUUAAUUCAUUUUCCAACCGUGCAUAAUGGCAAUUUGUUUACAUAAACUAGUGACUCGAGCCUCGGCUUUUAAUCCCAUUCUAUUGCAAAGCAGACUACUUGUAACACCAACAUUUUUUGAACGGGAUCAAAUUGAAUCAAAGAGUAUUCGAAAGACGCUUUCGGUUCCAAAACCAACUCUUUUAAGUGCAGAGGCCAAUUUACUUGCACAAAAUGUUCGAGGUUUCUCAAAUACUGCAGCCAAUUUGAAUGAUGCAACGAGCAAUGGAUCAAGUCCCGAAGGUGGUGCAAAUGAAGAGCAAUUAUCCGUUGUCUAUGAGAUGUUGAGGAAUGAUGUACCAUUGUUAUUUGUGAAACCAUUAGAUUAUUCGAAAACACAUAAAGAUGUUGUGUUCGAAAAUCGCAUCCGUGGUAAAACAUACUAUGGCAUCAUGAAUUACGUGAAGCAAAUGUCAUUUCUACGAUUGUGGGGUCAUUUCUUUUAUGCUUAUGUUAAAAUGGACGUCUUAAAAAUAACCCAACACACAGAGGAUUCAUCGAUCAAAAUACGUUGGAGAAUCAGUGGAAUAACCGGCUAUCGAAUUUUAUUCAAAAUGCUUCAGUUUCGAGUAUGGGAUCCUAAAAAAAUGAUUGAACAACAUCAAAAAGUAUGGAUAGAAGGAUUUUCGACAUUCUACGUGAACAGCGAUGGCUAUAUAAUCCGACACAUUGCAGACAAAGUGAUGCCGGAUGAGAAUAAAGAAGUGAAUCCAAUUCAAAAAGUUGUAGAUAAACUGGGCCCCAUGCCGAAAUUGGCUCUUUUCGUUGAAUUAUCCACAGAUAUUGCCCACAAUGUAGUAUGAAUGAAUACGGUUGACCAGUUUCAAACCAGAAUUACAAUCAAUUUGUAUUUAAUGUUGAGAAAAA